GGAGGGCGAGCGGUCGGCGCCGAACCUUCGCGGCCUGGAGGUGGAGAUGGUGGCGGCUAUCAACGGUGGCAGCGGCAGCCGGGCGGCAGCGCACCACCCCCACCCGCACCACCACCACCCGCAGCAGCUGGCUCACGCGGCCAGCGGGCCCCCAUGCGCCGGUCUCAAGGACAUACCCCUCCUCACCGCGCCCCCAUGCGUGGCAACGACAGCACCUGCUGCACCCGCACCCACAGCAGCAGCUAGUCCCCGCUUCCGCCACCCCCACCCGCACCCGCAUGCAGCCUACAGCCUACACAGACCGGACGGCGGCGAGCACCACCAGCACCACCACCACACGCAUUCGCAUCACCAGCAGCAUCAACGAGCGGGGCAGGUUGCCUCCCGGCUAGGACAGCCGCUGUCUGAUGCGGCUGCAGCUGCCGCUAAUGCUGCAGCGGCGGCGGUGGCGGCGGUGGCAGGAGACGCCGCGACGGCGGCGACAACGGCGGCAGCGGCGGCGGCGGCGCACCGGCCCCUGGGGCACCAUUCGCUCCAUCAGCGACACAGCUACCACCAUCCGCUUCACGCGGGUCGCAGCCACCUCCACCACAACAGCCAUCAUCACCAGCACAUCCCGCAUUCGCACACAUACCACUUUGGGCAGCAGCAGCAGCGGUGUGUCGCAAGCUACGAUGCGGCAGCAGCAGCAGGCAGACGGAGACCGAGCGGCUGCAUUGUGCUGGAUAACCCUGGAGGAGGUGGCGGCGGUUUGGUUCCGGAUCCGGGUUUCCUACCGCGGUUGCCGUCAGCCUCCGCCGUCGGCGGCGCCGACGGGGGAGCAGGUGAUGACGACAAUUACAGUAUCGUCAGCGCCCGGAGCAGUAGCCUGACGGAGGAGGAAUCGCUGUCGUACCAUUCCGUGUCGUACUAUUCCGCGACGGAGUCGUACCUGAGCGCCGCCAGCAGCCCCCACAGCCGCGCCGGCGCCGCCGCCACCGCGUUUGACGACGCGCUGGCGGAGGCGGCCUUCCUUUACCGUGCAGUACACCCGCCGUCGGAGCAUGCAACGGUGGCGGCGGCGCCGUCACCGGGGCCACAUGGGCGGCGGCUGCCGUCAGUGUCUUACUCCGAGGCGGAGGCGGACGACGAAGGUUCAGGGCAGCGACGGCAGGGUCUGACGGCGGCGGCGCCGUCGGGUGCCGUACGGCAUCCGCUGGAGGGCGCCAACCAUGCAGGGUUACAAGGGAGCGGAGAGGGGCGAUACCAAAGUGUCGCCGCCGGCAUGGCGGUGGCGGCAGCUGCCGCCGCCGGCGGUUUGCCGUACGCCCCGCAGCAGCAACAGCAACAGCAGCAACAGCAGCAGCAUUCCAAUGGUCAGGUUUCGGAAUCGGGGUCGGGUGAGAACCAUCGUACGCUUUCCUCCGCCAGGGCCAUUCCCCAGCCGGUCCGCGGCCGCUCUAGCGGCGCCGCCGCUGCUGACGGCGCCGCUGCCGCCGCCGCUGACAGUCGCUACGCCGCGAUGACGCCGCCGCUGACGUCACCCGCUGGCGACGGCGACGGCGGUCUGCUCGCAGCGGCAUCCGCGCUGCAAGGCUGGGGACUGAGCUUCUUGACCGGCGGCGGCACACCCCCGGCGGGAUCCGUGGCGGCACCGCCGUCGGCGCCGCCGCUAGAGGUACGGCGCAGCAGCGAUCCCCUAUCAGGCCGCGGACCCUUGUACCGAGAAGUCGAGGCGGCGGAGGAACUAACACGCAUGGCAGGGCGAGUCGCAGCCGCCGCCGGCGGGGGGUCAGGACCGGCGGUGCAGCGGAGGGCUCGGUCCCGGUCGCGGGGGCGUUCCGCGGGCGGGCGGGGGCCCGCUGACGGCGGGGAUGGGCUGCUUAGCUGGGAGGCUCUGAGUCAGAAGCUGAUGACUUCUUGGUUCGGACAGGGGUUCUUUGAGGAUGAAGACGAGGAGGGAGAUGCGGAGGCGGAGGCGACGGAGGCGGCAGAGGAUGAAGGAGGCAGCGGUGGCGGCGGUGGUGGUGGUUUUGGAGCUUGGUUGUCGGCUAUGACGGGUGGCGGUGGGACGGCGACGACGACGACGACGACGGCUGCGGCGACGUCAACACGGAUGCGAGAGGACGGCGGCGGUAACGACGGCGGUGCCAGCGGCAUGACGUCUUGCUGGCCCGGACUGGAGGCGCCCCCCGGGCCGCAUGCGGCUGGUGCAGCCCUCCGCGGUAAGUACGGCGCGACCCCCCUGGAGGCCCAGCAGCCCCCAUGGCCGCACCCCAGGCCGGCGGCUACGUCCUCGAGCACCCCCCGGGAUGGCACCGCGCAGACCCGCGGGUCGGCGGAAGCGGAGGCGGCGUCGGUACGACACCCUGCAAGCCACCAUGCAACUGAACCCGCGGCGGCGGCGGCGGUUGCUGCUACGCUCGGAGGAGCUGGGGCGGGGGGUCCGAGGCUGCGACACCGACCCAGUCGCAGCGCGCCCGCGCAGGACAUUCCGGAUGUAUCGGAAGAGGUACCGGCAAUCGGAGCAGCGGCAGGCGACAGCGGUGUUGGGGAAGGUGCCAACAACAUUAGCUGCGGCGGCGGCGGCGGUACGGCAGUAGGCGGCAGCGCCAGCGGUGCCGAACCGCACUACCUCCACUCCGUUCACAAGGAGCUCUACCCGCCGGGGCGGCUGCUGUGGAUUGUUGCGGAGGAGGCGGAUGCGCUGCCGUCGCGCUGUCGUCGUACGGCGCUGGCUGCGGGGUACUACACAUGCGGCCGGGAUGAGGCGGCAGCAGCAGCCGGCGGUGACUGUGGAGGCAGUGCCGGCAGCGCUGCUGUGCAGGUGAUAGACGGUGUGGGAGGUGAUGACGCCGGGAAGGCGGGUGCUGAGGGUGAUGCAGGUAGUGGGGGUGCUAGGGGGCAGCGGCGGCGGCAGCCUUCUGGGCUCGUGGACUCUCAAACUGGGACGGAGAGCCUGGAGCGGGAGGAUAGCUCCGAGCAGGAGCAGCAGCAGGCAGAUUGCUGGGCAUCCCCUGCACCAUCAUCAUCAUCAUCAGGAGCCGAGGAGACGUAUGGGCUGCUGAACCCGUCCCUUGUAACGGACCUAGUGAAGGGUCUGGUCCUGCAGGACGGAGGGAACUCCUCCACACCCAACAAACCCAUCACCACCGCAGCCACCACCGCUGGUGCCGCUGCCGCCGCUACCCAAGCACAGACCAGCUGCCAGAGGAGUGCUGACGGCAACAACGACUGCGGCUGCAUCUCUUCUCCUGCCCCAUCCACUGCUCCGCUCCGGACACACCGCGGUGUUGUUGAGGCUCCCACACCGCUGCAAGCCUCUCGAGCCUCCGACGAGGGCGCAGGGGACGGCGCAGCGGAGGGCGCUGCGGGGGAUGCGGAGGCGCAGAUACGAAUGGCGGGUAACAGCGCCGGGGCUGCAGCAGCGGCUGCAGCCACAGCAACAGAGAGCUCCCCGUGCCGUACCGAGGUCAAUUCCUCACCCGGCGGGUGCGGAGGGGGAUCUGCUGGGAAGCGGCAGCGUGUCAGCUGGGCUGGCCAGGAGGUUGGGCAGCACGGGCGGGCGGAGGCGAUUCCGGCCCCCCGUGCCGCUUCCGGUAUUUCGCCUUUCCUGGUACAUAACUGGGACAUCGGCGGCAACAGCAGCGGCGGCGGCGCCGGCGGCGGCAGUGCCGGGAAGACCAUAGACAGCAGCAGCAGCGGAGGCGGAGGCUUACCGAUGGCGACAGAUGCCUUGGACGCAUGCAUGGCCGCCGCCUCCGUCACCGCCGCCGCGGCGCCUGGCGCAACGCCCUUCUCCGUGCGAGUGCGUGAAGGGCUGAAGCGGUUCAAGUCGGGUGUGGAGACCAUGUUGCGUCAGGCGCCGCUGCCGUCAGUGCCUUCGGUGCCCUUCCUACCUGGCAUGGCGGCCGCCGCUGCUGCAGCGGCAGCUGGCGCCGCGGCGACGGCGGAAGACGUAUCGUCGGGCGGCUCAGCUGGCGGCGGGGGAUGCAGCAGCAGCGGCGGAGACGCGGCGGAGCGGUGUGAGAGCGGCGGCGGCGGCGGCGGUGGGGAGUCAUGUCAGGGUCAGUGGCUGUACCUUGUGGAGGCUGAUCGGGAGGUAUUUGAGCGGUUGGUGCUUAUUCCCUCGUGUGUCACCGACCACUUGCCGGAUGCGUAUUUCCAGCGGCUGAGGCAGCUGGCUAAGGGAUUGUCGGUGGCGCCGGAGGGGUCAAACGGGGGCGCGGGCGGGCGUAGCAGCGGCGGCGGUGGCGGUGUCAGGAGGGAAGUCGCUGGUAGCGCUGUGUGAGGGACGUAGAGUGUGUGUGCAUGAGGGGCGUGUGACCUUGCACUUGUGCGUGCACGGUUAGGCGUGCUGUUUGGAAGGGCCUGCAGCAAAGGCCAUGACGAGCUUUGGCGAGAGGUGAUAUCUGUAUGGGCGGAGGCAGAGAAGCAGGAGCAGGCUAUGGUAGUGGUCGUAUCGCUCUUAUAUCUUAAACUCCCUCAGUAACAUAACGUACCGGUAGUCUUGCGGUGUACUCAGUAACGUCGUCUUGCGGUGUACUUCGUAACGUAGUAAUGUGGUGUAGGAAUGUUGCGGUGUAGGGCGUUUAAGGCGUUAAGGAAAGAUGCCUCUUCAGUGUCCUGGAGGAACCUUUCAGCAGCGACUCCGGUUGCGUAACGGUACGUAGCCAAUAGCAUGCAGAACGAAGCACGUGCGGUGAGCAGCACGCGCGGGGGUGCGCUGUUUGGGGAGAUAUGCCUAGCAGCUCUUUCGCUUUCUAGAGGGGCCGCUGCGGUUGCCUGGGAAACACAGUGUUUCGAGGACGAACGCGAAUGGAAGUUGAGUAACGGUAAGCAACGAUAAGGCAAAAAGAGUGUGUCCGGCAGACUGUGACGUUUUUAAACGUUCGUAUUUUGCAUGCGUACGUGUGUGCAGUUGCAGUUGCAUGCUAGGUGAGGCGCUGAGGCGUGUGGCUUAGGCAGUAUGCAGCAGGCUGGGCACUAGGCUAGCGGCUGCGGGCAGUGGGCAGUUUGGCUAGCGGCAGUUUGUAGUACGGCACGUGUCGUAGCUGAAGCCUCUCACGGUGUGUCAAAUCCGUUAAGUGAUGCACUUCGGUAGCCUCCUCCCCCUUCUUUUCCUAUACUUCAGGAUACUUUCCUGUUUUGUUUCUACCUUUUUGCGACCCUGUAUGUGAUGUAGCGUUAGUUAGCGCAGGUUAGCGCAGUUCCGUGGGAUUGGGGCGCUUAGUCGCGGUGUCUCUUGUUGGGAAGGUCGAAAGAAAUGUACGGUGCUUUUGGGCUCUUUGGGACAAAGCCAAUGACGUUACUUUUGCCUGUUUGAAGGUGUCUCGGAACGCGCCUAAGCCUGUAAUUAGUUAGGAAGCGGGUAUGUACAAAGGGACGACGACAGUGCGUUAGCGAUCCGCGGGUGUGAUUGGGGCCGUGUAACAAAACUUCAGAGCCCUGGGUAGACGGGC